UUAUGGGGGUCAUUAUUCCGGAUCCACCAAGGAGUGUCCGCUGCUGGCAGCUUACUUUCUCAGAGCUGUAUCCACACUACUGCUGCUCUGGAGAGAAAUGGUUGGGAGAUGAAGAACAGAAUUGUGUAUCCACCUCAACGUCCUGAUGAGCCUCGAAGGCCAGCGGAGGUAUUCCAUUGUCGGAGGCAGAUCAAGUACAGUCCAGACAAGAUGUGGUAUUUGGCCAAACUGAUCAAAGGUAUGUCUAUAGACCAAGCUAUUGCUCAGCUGGAAUUCAACGACAAAAAAGGAGCAAAGAUCAUGAAAGAGGUCUUGCUUGAAGCCCAGGACUUGGCUGUCAGAAAUCACCAUGUGGAGUACAAGUCCAACCUCCAUAUAGCUGAGUCAUUUUCCAACAAAGGAACGUAUCUAAAGAGGCUUCGUUACCACGCACGAGGCAGAUUCGGAAUCAUGAACAAGGUGCACUGCCAUUACUUUGUCAAGUUAGUGGAGGGUCCUCUUCCUCCUAAAGAAGAACCAAUCACAGGCUUCGAUCAGGCUAAGGACUAUGUUCAGAAACUGAGAAACCGCACUAUCAUCCACACCCUGUGA